AUGACAGCUAUUUCUGAAUAUGCUAUUGCACCUGAAAAUUAUCCAGUGAUGAUGAAUGUAUUCAAACGAAAGUUUGGAGAUCAGAGACCAAUCCACCGCAAGGAUCUCCCACCAAUUGUGGAAAACUUGGGAAGAAUUCCACGGCAACUGAAAAUAUUGGGGGGGGGGGGGGAAGAUUUCGAGCGACCAGAAAUUGAAGCAGAAAUUGAGUCAAAAUUGUCACAGUGGUUCUGCAGGAGAUUUAUCAAAAGAGAAAAAGACGAUUCAUGGUCUAGGAAACUGAGGCAGCAAUUAAAAACAAUAAUAACACAGAGUGAAACUAUGAGUCGAAUACAACAAGAGAUGGGAAGAUCGAGUCUGACUCGAUCCGACUCAGAGUUACACAGGAAAGAAGCCAAAUCGAACAAGGAAGCCAAGUCGAGAACAACAUCAAACUUUGAGGACCUUACGCCCUUCACUCAAAAGACUGUUGGAAUGAUGAAUGCAGUGAAUACAGAACAUUCUAUCAAAGACUUCCAGGGCUCAAGAACUGCAUCUGUGUUUCCGAUAUCUCAAAAAGAUGAAAGUGACGAUUUGAGACAAGAGAAAAAGAAUGUCGUGAUUGAGAAAAUGAAAAAUAGUGCUCCAACAACGACUGUUGCAUUAAUAAAUGAUAGUAAAAAGACGGUUUUGCUGUGUAAGGAUAGUUCAUUGGAAAAUUCGGAACUAGAGGAUGAAAGUAAACAUUCAAUAUACUUACCAAGACAUAAUAUAGUCACUGAGCUUCUCAUACAGCAUCAACAUGAAGCACUACAUCAUGCCGGAAUAAUCGGAUACCUAAAAGACGAGUGUAAAACAUUUGAUUUGGAUCUGCAGCUAUCAUUCAUAUCAACUAAUUUAACAAAAAGGCUAGACAUUCAGGGGGCGGGAGAGGAGAGAUUAAGUAUUGCUUCAUUCGACAAUCAAUUAGCGAAGAAAUGCAAUUCAACCAAAGCAGAAGUUGGUGUAAGAAUCGGAAAGACGGAAAUCAUAACUCGCGAGCUGGAAGUGGUCACAGCCGAAGACAAAAAUAUCAGUUCUAUAAUGGAAAGAAAAAACUUAGAAGGGAUAAACGGUUACUGCAAGCAGCCUGAAAUAUUCAUUGGCGUCAAAGACUUCUUUAAAUUCAUUAAACUAAAUGGAGUACAAGAAUUGAAAUCAGGAUUCCUGUUACUCAGGACAAAACUGGGACCAAUGCUAGCCGGAAAUGGUUAUAUAAACAGUAUUCGCAAAGCAAGCGCUACAUCAGUAAACUCCGUAGUAUCAUGCGUGGCUAGCGCAACAAACCACGAAGAUAUUGACCACUGGAUAUUCAGGACCAUCCGAACGAGAACGAUGACGAACAAGCCCUUGAGCAAUUUAAGAAAAAACAGUGAAGAUAUACUUCGACGGUACAACGAAACGAUUCAGGAUCAACUGCGGUCAGGCAUAAUUGAGGAAGUUCAUCCUGAUAUGGAUCAAGAGGGUGUAAUUCAUUAUCUACCUCAUCAUGAGGUACCCCAGCAUAAACCUAUAACAAAACUUAGAAUAGUCCAUGAUGCUUCGGCGAUCUCAAGAGAACAAAAAGUUUAA